GAUCGCAACACAUUCUCACUCUGGAAGCGUCUCAGCAUCUCCUCCGUGACCGCACCGAGGCUGCAGCGCUCAGCUGAAGACACAACAUAAUCAGCCAAGAUGGUGGCAGUCAGGUUACUGCUCAGUGUUCUGAUGACCGCAGCUAUCUCUGCAUCUGCAAAAGCCGAGCCGGUCUCCAUCACCUUAUUCCACGGUGAGGAUUUCCACAUUCUGCUGCCCUCGCUCGAGGUGGAGGUCAUCUUUCAGAACAGGUCUGCUCCUCGCUCGCCUAAUGUGCUCCUGAUGAAGGGCGUCUCGAUGGUCAGCGGUCGGGCCAAACUCAACCGCUACCUCAGCCACCUGGUCAUAGACGCCGUGGGUGAGGGCGAUGAGGGCGUGUACUACGUGAAGAACCCAGAGAACUCGACCUUUUUCAAAAACAUUUCGCUCAUAGUUCGAGACUGCUCCAACGAGCUGAACAUCAAAUAUGGAGACAACUUCCGUAUUCCUCUGUCCGGCGUAAAUCAUCCCAUCACUCUCGAUUUCAGGUCCAGUGCUGUGGAGGCCAACCAGACAGCUAGACCUGCCUUUGUGGUUUUGACUGCUGCCGAGUUGCCCACGGAGCCCUAUCAAGGUCGCAUAACCGUCAGCGAGCGUAACGUCACCCUCCUUGCUGUUACGGGUGCAGAUGAGGGCAGCUACACCGUCAUGGACAACAAGGGUGUUAUUCAAAGGAAAGUGUGUCUCAAUGUCAAAGAGCAUCAAAACUUUGUGACCCUGCCAUACGGUAAAAGACUGAAGAUCAACCUGGUACUCAGCAGUUCACUAGUGCAGCUCUUCUACAGCCCCAACGAUGCCCCCGCAGCCCUGCACCUGCUGCUGGACAAGGGGCAAUUCACCAGUGCCGCAGCAGAGUUGGGUUUUGAAGACCGUAUCUCUUUGGAGGGUUCGUACGUUUAUCUGGAUCAGGUCAAGGGUGCAGAUUCUGGCCAGUUCAAAAUUAUGGACAUACUAGGAUUCACGGUUUCCAGCAUUUACCUGGAUGUAGAACCCUACAGGCUGGAGUCGCUGUAUGUGGCCAUCAUUGCUCUGCUGGGCCUGCUGGUUUUCCUUCUGCUGGUUUGCCUGCUGUCCUGCCUGAUCAAAGUGAAGAAGAGGGCCAAGAGGGCGGCUGCUCUGGAAAAGAUCGCCCAGAACGCUGGCAAAGAGGAAGAGGGAGAAGCCUUUAGGCAGGUGGUCAAGAACAUCACAAAACUCAGUGAAGAAUCCAAGCAUUCACAGGCUGACAAUACAGAGAAAUCUCAGAGCACUGAGGUGGACAUUAAGGGACUGGAGGUCUCCUCUAAAGAGGUUGGGAUCGGUAACCUAGAGACCAGUGACUCUGGCGUUGGCUUUAACACUGCCCUCCCACUGGACACUGACACCGAUGCCCCUGACCAACUCCCUGACUCUGAGGCUGUAAGCAUUUCUGUUGCUCCUGAAACCAAAUCAAGUCCUUUAUCUGCUGCUGAGUCCAAGCCAAGCGCUCCACCAAGUAUGGAAAUUAAACCCAGUCCAGUUGCUGAACCUAAACUCAGCCCAGUCCCUGAGGCCAAGAAAACCCCUGAUCAGCCGGUGGAAUCGAAACUGGAUGUCCCUAAACCAGCAGAUGUUAAACUUAGCCCGGACCCAAGCCCAGAGCCCAAGGCUGGUCUGAGUCCAGCUGAUCCAAAGCCUGCACCCAGCCCAAGCCCAGAGCCGAAGCCAAGUGUUCCCAAAGUCAUCACGCCAACGCCUGAGAGUACGAGCGCCCUCACUCCCACACCUGAGCCCCCCAAGACAACCACGCCAGAACCUAUUACCAAUGGUACAUCAGAGCCAGAACCAGAUUCCAAACCGAGCCCGGAUCAUGCUGAUAUUAUUGGAGGCUCAGCUCCAAAAGCAGUCCCUCCUAAAACCCCUGAAGUGGAGAUGAAACCUAGCGGUGCCGUACUAGAGGUCAGCAAAGACGGCACUGUGGCUGAGGAUUCAACCACCAACACCUGAGAGCUGCCCCUGCAAAAACACAAAGGAAGCCCCACAGAUCUUGUCCAUCUACCACUACUUUAGACAAUCAAACACCCCCUACCAAAUAAUGAGAAAACCACUGCAGCUGAUCUGACGUUGACUGAACAUGCCUGAACACAGUAUUACCUUGAUGAUGGCGUCUCACUUGUCGGUAACUAACACUAAAACCUUUGAGACUUUUUGAUUUAGAAACUCUUUGCAUGACAAACAUGGCUUUUGUUAAACAUUUUAGUUGUAUGCACCUUGCAGCCUUGGUUUUUGGUAAUUUCAUAGUAAAACUGCCAGACUGCAAAUGAAAUCCUUUGCAGAGUUUACAACUAAAAUGUUCACUCCUCAUAAGGUCUUUUCUUAAAUAUCCAAAAAGGUUUACGACAUUUCAUGAGAGUAACAUACUAGAUUUGCUUAUUUGUCCUUAACUAACCAUCAUUUCCCAUUUAGAUGUUUGUUCCUCCAUCAGCACGUGGGUGGAGUUUUCACUAGUAUCAUCUUAAACCAGCUAAAGCAUGUGAUGGCACUGACAUCAUCAGAACAGAAAUGAAAACCCUUCUGAUCACACUUGACUGUGUGAGAUUAAGAGUCAUACUCCCAGUGGAUAUCUCCAGUGAUUAAAAUGUGUUUUGUAGAUUGAUCCCUGAAGUCCAGAUCAACUAAUUCACUGUCUUUGAUCUGGAUUUCCUGUUGGUUCUAUACCAAUCCCAAUACUCUUACAGUUUAAUAAGAGGCUCAUGCCAGUAGAAACUUCUGACACUUAAAAAGACCACCAAGUUCCAACUAUACGUUGGGCUUUCCAGUGAUUAAAUACAAAAAAAAAUGUGGGAUAAUUUCAAAUUGUUGGAAUAUGCUUCCUUUGAUUGUUUAUUUCUUUGUUUUUCCUUCCCCUGCUGUAUACUUUUUGUUUGCUCCUCAUCCUUCUUUCCUCCCUCUUACUGCUUCAGUUUACUAGACAUCACUUUAAACUACUUAAACACAUGGCCUUUUGAAAGAAAGUAGAAUAUUAGUCAUUUAUUUUUUUACUCGAACUAGAUGCUUCCUCUGUAUUAGGUUUUGUUAACAGUGACAAAGUCUUGUUCAUGUGUCUUUGACCCUAAGAAAAUUUGACAAAAGCUUCAAAUGCGUAGUUGUCAUUGGCUUAAAAAUUCUCCAACAGCACGAGGCCUUUAUCAGUGCCAUGACACUGUUCUAAGUGAGUUUCUAGGUAGUUUCUAGGAUGUUCAGUCAACACAAUUCAAUCUCAGUUGAAACUGUAUGUAUAAUACAGAGGAGGUGUGCAGAUACUUUUUCAUGUAACAAAAUGCGUGUCUCUACCUCGUGUUUUAACUGACUGCUGGCAAACCAGUGACUAUCCGUGUCUGAUGCACUGAAAUAACCCCCCAAAAUUAAAAAUAAAAUAAAAAUAUAUACAUUUGAAUUUUUGAGAGAAGCACAAAAAGACAGAAUGGUCAGAAAAAUAUAGGAAACUUACAAGCAGACCCAUUUACAAUCAACUCGGCCGUCUUCAUAUCUUUCCUGACAAAUAGAUUUUCUUAGGUGUAAAUUAAUAUGAGAUGUUGCAUCAGCAUCUUAAAAAGCCAUAAGACUAGAUAGGUUUCGAUGUCAGAUUUGAUACAAAAAUUAACACGAUAUAUAAACUGAAGAUUUUAAAAAAUUGAAACAUAUAGGUGCCUCGAUAGUAGAUGGAUUACUGUUAUCAUUCUGAUGUAUUACACUUGGACAAAGGCAUUCUAAUGUAAAACUGAGUAAGACAUUGUAUAUGCCUCAUUUUCAACCUGAAUCUGUGAGGGAACUACAAACUCAUUUGGCAAUACUGACGACGUUCUUUAUACAGACAUGCAUACAUACACACAUAGACCACAAACAGGCACUGCAGCCUUGUAAAUAUUGCAUGUGUAUGCCAGUUUAACCCCCUUAUGGCUGAAUGUUUUUAGUGUGUAGGACAGUUGUUGUAUUGUACUUAAGAAUAGAAGAGAAAACUAAUAAAAUUUUGCACCGACUUCAAACACGCGCACACACAUAUAUAUAUAUAUAUAUGUAUACAAACCCAGAUUAGAUACACUAAUGUCUUGAACUAAUUUAACAACCAAAUAUUGUAAAAUUCCAUUACGACUCUAUUAUCUCGUUAAGAUCAAUUACCUGCUGUUAUUGCCAACUUGAUGAUACUCACAUCAUACUAUAUCUGUCACCAUAUUUACAUGUUGUAUUGAAAUGUUUAUCAGUACCACUUACAGCAUUAAUUGCCGCAUGCCCAUGACAUGUUCCCAGAAGUUGUGUUUGUGUGUGUCACCAAAGAAAGUUUUGAUGUUCCCAUUAUUCUGUGUUUGGAAUUUGUGUGUUUACGUCCGUAAGUGUAUGAGUGUGGGUGUGUUUGCUAAAUGUGCCUGUGCACAGGCAGUUUGUACAGAAUGAAUUUAGUGUAUUUUGUGUGUCCUUCUCCAUCCGUAGUAAGGUUUCCAUGUGCCUGCUUAAAUCGUCUUGCAAUGUAAAGAAAAAAAAAGUACCGCGUUUAAGUCAUGAGUGUGAAUGUGCUUAAAGCCACUAAAAAUUCUUCAAGAUAUGGAUAUUUGAGUGAAUCUUGUCUUCGUUUUAGUGCCUAAAAUGUAUAUUGGAUAGUUAGCCUGUAACCCAGGAGGAAGUGGCUCAUGAUGGAUCAUCAGCCACUUCCUAAUGGCACCUUUUUAUUAUUAGGUAGCAUAUUCACAGAUGUAUGCAGUUUGCACACCUGAAAUUAUACCACUGACUGGCCUAAGAUGUGUUUAUGUGAAAGAAAAUGGAACGGAAUACUGGAAGGGAUGGAGAGACUGACUUGGCUUGAUUCUAAAUGGCAUACAGACUGCUGAGUGUGCUUGUGUUUUCACUAACCAAGUCUGUGGCACAGUUUGGAGCAUGUGUGUGAAUGCAUGAUAGCAGCAGAUGAAUGACAAAGCUUUGUGUGCGUAACCCUCUGGGUUAUGUUGUUGUAAGCAACCGAUGAGAGACAGCUUACGCAGCAUAUCCCUGCACCACUACUACUGUAUAUUGUCAGUGAUUGUAAUACCAAGCCGCUCAGAGUAAGUAGGGGUGUGAGAGACGCAGAUAGUGAGUGGUGGGCAUGAGGAGCCUUUGUUUACACAUUACCACCAUCUCAAAGAAGGCUCAGUCCAGUGGGCUCAGAGUUGUUACAUCUAACAAGUGCCGGAGGGAUUCUAGUUUCAUACCCACCUCUGAUAGGCCGCUAAUAGAAACCACUACUGGUAAUACCACUGGUUCUCCUUGCACUACGUGAGUUGUUUCUACCCUCUCUGAUUACUGCUGCUGUACUGGCCUGGUCGUGGCGUGAUGUCCCACGUGGUCUCUCUGUACACUCUUUUUGCACAACACUUCACACAGAUUUUUUGUAAAGACAAUUGUUUUCUUUUUCUUUAUUUGUCUAAAGGAAUACUAAGAAUAAACUAAAGGUUAUGGCA